AUCUCGUUAGGGGAGGCGUACCUGGUCUACACGGAGCGCCUCUACUCCAAAUCGGAGUUCAACAACUACCUGGCCGCCCUCUACAAGGUGGUGGGGACCUUCCUCUUCGGGGGGGCCAUCAGCCAGUCCCUGACCGACCUGGCCAAAUACAUGAUCGGCCGUCUCCGGCCGAACUUCCUAGCCGUCUGCAAUCCCGACUGGUCCAGGGUGAACUGCUCCAUCUAUGUGCAGCUGGAGAAUGUCUGCCAGGGGGACAGCAAGAAUAUCACCGAGUCCAGGCUGUCCUUCUAUUCUGGGCACUCCUCCUUCGGGAUGUACUGCAUGAUGUUCCUGGCGCUCUACCUGCAAGCCCGGCUGGUGGGGAAGUGCACCCGGCUGCUCUCAUCCUGCCGGAGCGGUCCCCAAACCCUCUUUCCCAUCGGCCUUUUCCAGGUCCGCUACGUCUCUGACUUCUUCAAGCACCGUCCCCCGCAGCAGUGCAACACGAAGGACCCGGAGCACAAGCCCAGCUUGCCGCUCACCAUGAGCGACUCCGAGCGCAAUCACUACAGCUACCGGAGCGGCUCGUGA